GGGCUGCCGCUAUCCAAUGGCUCCUGCGGUAUUGACUGGCCUCCUUCCUCUAUGUGUGUGUCUCCUGCUGGCACCUGGCUUUGCCCAGGCAGGCAAGCUGCUGGUCAUACCCAUGGAUGGGAGCCACUGGUUUACCAUGCGAUCCGUUGUGGAGAAACUCAGCCACAGAGGGCAUGAGGUGGUGGUGGUCAGGCCAGAGGUGAGUUGGCGCCUGGGACAAUCAUCCAAUUAUACUGUCAAGACUUAUUCCACAUCUUACACUCUGGAGGAUCUGAAUGAUCAGUUCCGGAUUUUCGCUGACUCUCAAUGGAAAACUCGGGCCCAGUAUUUACAUUCUAUGCUAUUGAGUUCAUCUAACAGUGUUUUUGAAUACUUUUUUUCAAAUUGUAGGAAUUUGUUUAAUGACAAAAAAUUAGUAAAAUACAUAGAAGAUAGUUCUUUUGAUGCGGUGUUUCUAGACCCUUUUGACAUGUGUGGCUUAAUUGUAGCCAAGUAUUUUUCACUCCCGUCCGUGGUCUUCACCAGAGGGCUGUUUUGCCACUAUCUUGAAGAAGGUGCGCAGUGCCCCAGCCCGCUUUCUUAUGUUCCGAGAGGUCUCUUUUCGUUAUCGGAUACCAUGACCUUCAGGCAGAGAGUGUGGAAUCACAUUAUCCACUUGGAGGAACAUUUACUUUGUGGCUAUUUUCUCAAAACUGCUUUGGAAGUUGCCUCUGAGAUUCUCCAGACGCCUGUCACAGCAUAUGACCUGGUCAGCCAACCAUCCAUUUGGUUGUUACGAAAUGACUUUGUUUUGGACUAUCCCAAACCUGUGAUGCCCAACAUGAUCUUCAUUGGCGGCAUCAACUGCCACCCGGGAAAGCCAUUGUCACAGGAGUUUGAAGCCUAUGUAAAUGCCUCUGGAGAACAUGGAAUUGUGGUUUUCUCUUUGGGCUCAAUGGUCUCGGAUAUUCCAGAGAAGAAAGCCAUGGAAAUUGCUGAUGCUUUGGGCAAAAUACCUCAGACAGUGCUGUGGCGCUACACUGGGACUCGACCAUCGAAUCUUGCGAAGAAUACAAUCCUGGUCAAGUGGCUGCCCCAAAAUGAUCUGCUCGGUCACCCGAAGACUCGUGCCUUUAUCACACAUUCUGGCUCCCAUGGUAUCUAUGAAGGAAUAUGCAACGGCGUUCCGAUGGUGAUGCUGCCCCUGUUUGGCGAUCAGAUGGACAAUGCAAAGCGCAUGGAGACCCGGGGAGCAGGAGUGUCCCUGAACGUCCUGGAAAUGACUUCUGAAGAUUUAGAAAAUGCCCUCAAAACUGUCAUCAAUGACAAGAGCUAUAAGGAAAACAUCAUGCACCUCUCCAGCCUCCACAAGGACCGCCCCAUUGAGCCACUGGACCUGGCUGUGUUCUGGGUGGAGUUCGUGAUGAGGCACAAGGGAGCCGCGCAUCUUCGCCCUGCAGCCCACCUCCUUACCUGGUACCAGUACCAUUCUUUGGACGUGAUUGGCUUCCUCUUGGCCAUUGUGCUGGGAGUUGCCUUUGUUGUCUAUAAAUGCUGUGCCUUUGGCUGCCACAAAUGCUUUGGGAAGAAAAAGCGAGUUAAAAAAUCUAACAAAUCCAAGGCACACUGAAAAAUGGGUGAAAAAUAAGGUGAUCCAAAUUUGCAGUCAGUGUUAAAUGCAUGUUAUGCUCAUUGAAGAAAUACUUUGCUGUAAGUUAGACACCCCAGAGUGCUUUCUUUAAAAUAAAAGUAAUUUAAUUGCUAGUCACACCAGUAGUUGGAAAUAUUUGAAAAUGUUUUCUGCCCCCUUCAAUACCUUUAAUCUGGACUUUAUUUGCUACCUUUCAAAGGACUUGCCAAGAGGGUUGGACAGGUCCCUCCUAAACUCUGCAUUCCUUUUCUUACCCAGAAAUGGGGCCUGUUUGGGAACCACUGCUGUCCCUGCCUCAGAUGACAGUUCUAACAUCAUCUGGCUUCUAUAGACUGUUGUGAUCAAUUCCUUCAGUAAUAAUGGCAGGUCCUAAUUUAUUCCUAUACUUUACAGAUAUCACUUUGCAUCUUUAAAUAAGGAAACAUUUAUUCCUUUAGAGCCUAGUGCCUUGCACUGGAAUGAAUGAAUGACACAGAGCCCUUGGAGAACAAAGUAUGAUUUCUUUCGUUGGGGGAAAAGAGUGAUGUAUGAAACUGAUGGGUAAUGUGUUUGGAAGGACAACGAUUGCUUGUGCCAAAUGGAUCCAAAUUUGAUAAAAGCCCAAAGUGUAAUGUCUGGCUAGUAUAUUUUUCUCUGAUGUAUGUUUCCCACAACUAAAAACAUAUCAAUAAAUUUA